CAUAAGUUUUUGAACGAAGGACACUAGUUACAAUCUGGCACUCUUCGACGAGGUCUCGUGUCAACUACAUCUGCAGCGUGUCCUGUCCCAGAACAAACACCGUCAUCCAAAUCUGUUGACACCAUGAAAUUCGACAAUGCAUCAGCCAUUUUUCUAACGAUAAUGAUGGUGGUGACAAAUUUCUCCAUUACUCGAGGUCAAAUGGGUUACUAUAAUAACGACCUCUAUGACGCACAGGCAGCAUACAACUGUCAAAAUGGUUUUUACGGAUCGGCUCACAAUUGUGGAUAUGGAACACGAAAUCAAAACUGGUUUGGAUCGUAUUAUUUAGGCAAAGCGAAUCCAUAUGGAUUUGUCAGCACAAUGCCUUACGGUUAUGGUUCAGGGGCCCAACCUUUCUUCUCAGAUCCCUAUUCGGGUGGAUGGCCUGGCACCAGUUAUGCCCCAGGUGGUUACCUCGGAUCAGCGCUACCAGUCAACUAUAACAACUUUUAUCCCAAUCCGAAUGUUCGUUAUUAAUCGAAUUUUUGUGAUAACCUAUUACGCGAAGAGAAGAUGUUACAUAUCAUAAAAUUAUUUUUUGUUUGGCAAUGCAAAUACAUUUUCCAUUACAACAAUA